AGAGCCGUUUGAACGCGCCCAACAGCGGUCCGACACAUCGUCCCUCGACGAUGUCUACGCCGACAACGUAGUUUUUCGAGCCGGCAUUUCUCCGCGACAGUUCUCGUGGUCGUGAACCGGCGCUUCCUGUACGACCGUAGCCCUUCGGCGCGAACUCCGGCCAAACCCUGUGCAUAGUGCGCGCGACCUCGCGUCGGUGGCGGCGACGGCUUCGACAAUGCCGCUUCUUAAAAGUAACUGAAAAAAAAAAAAAAGAGAGAAAGCAAUCGUCGCGCGAUGCCAGAGAUGAUGGGCGCAUCCACCGAUCCGACGGUUCGGGAGCCGGAUGGAAAAGACGGCACGUAUAUCGCACCUCGUUCCCUCUUCGAAAAGAUCGGUGAUUGUCCCGUCGAACGCCCUUUCGUAGGGGUGUCCGUAGUUCCGGUUUGUGACUCGAGUGCUUGGCUGUACUUGCCGUAUCCCGGCUUGUGACUUAAAUAGGUGGCGACAUCCUAAAGCCUCACCUGAGAACGCCACCGUGGUUCGCGAGUGCGCUGUGUUCGCUUAACUCUGUGUGGUCGAGUCUUUUCUGGCAUGUUGCGUAACAGUUGCGCCAUCCGUAAUGUGCUGGUGUAAUUAAAGCGGCCGUCGCAGAGGGAAGGACCACGGCAUGCGUGUCGGCCAUGAUUUUCAAGCAGUGGUACCAGACAUCAUCUCAGCAACAGAUCCGUGCCCGGAGUUCACACCCGAGCGUGCUCUCCUGGUGUGGUCACCGUGCCCCGACAUCUCGGACAGCAAGUUGGACGAGUACAUGACGCUUGCCAAGGAGAAGUACAGCUACAAUGCCGAGCAGGCACUGGGCAUGCUGUUCUGGCACAAGUAUGACCUUGAGAAGGCGGUGGCCGACUUGGCCAAUUUCACGCCCUUCCCAGACGAGUGGACUGUCGAGGACAAGGUGCUGUUUGAGCAGGCCUUCCAGUUCCACGGAAAGAACUUCCACAAGAUACGGCAGAUGCUGCCGGACAAGACCAUCCCGAGCCUGGUAAAGUACUACUACUCGUGGAAGAAGACGCGCACGCGCACCAGCCUGAUGGACCGGCAGGCGCGCCGACUGGCCGGAUCCCGCGAGGAUGGCAGGUGGGGGAUCAUCCAUCGAUGCCGCCGCGCUGCCCCCCUACUUCGCGCCUCCGUCAUCGUCGCUGCCCCGCCCCAACACGAUGGUGCUUCAGAUGCUGGCUCCGAAAAUGACAGUGACAUGGAGGUGGACAACGCUGAAAACAAGGAAGAGGCAGCCCCUGGCGGGCCCUGCUCCAGCUGUGGCUCCCCCAUGACCCAAGCGUACACGUCCAGCAAGGGGAGCCUGUGCGGCAGCUGCUACCAGCACUGGAAACGCUCGGGUGGCUGCAAGGGUGCCCUGGCCCCCGGGGGUCGCAAACACCACGAGCGGCAGCCCCCGGCCCGUGGGGGCGGUAUGGCAGCCAACCGGAGGCGCCCGCCACGGGGCAUGUGCCUCCAGUACCAGGACCUGGUUACCAUGGCAACGGGACCUCAGGGACAGGGGGAUGCCAUCCUGCGAGCCAUGGAUUCAGAGUUGGUGGCCCUCAAGCGGCAGGUGCAGAACAACAAGCAGAUGGUCAGCCAGCUGCGCCACAAGACGGCCAUGGGCAUCGAGAACCUGCGGCCACCGGAGGGCAACACCCGAGUAAAUGCCCGGUGGACCAAUGAUGAGCUGCUGAUUGCCGUUCAGGGCAUCCGCAAGUAUGGCCGUGACUUCAAGGCCAUCGCCGAGGUGAUUGGCAACAAGACGGAGGCGCACGUCCGCAGCUUCUUUGUCAACUACCGUCGCCGAUACAACCUGGACGCCGUGCUCCAGGAGUUUGAAGCCGAGCAUGGCAUCACUCCGGGAUCGGAUGACACCAAGCCGACAGGUGACACGGAUCCAGCUACACCUGCAAAGGAUGCCACCGCAGCUGGUGCGCCCAACAGCCCACCAGGCUCUCCGUGUGGUAUGAUAAACCCUGGUGGCGGAAUACUUGCCAAUGGGAGCGGAGGCCCGGCGGGAGCUGGCAACCCUCCUCCCCUUCUGAGACCACCGCCCGGUUCCCCAUCGGCCCAGCCGCUGACGGCCGCCAAAGGACCCACCCCACUCACACAGGCUGCCCCCAGGUCUGGCAACUGGUCCAUUCUUCAGCAGCCGCCACCGCUGAUCCGACCAACAGCAGCCUCUGCAGCCACCGUCCACAGCAAGCCCUCGCAGAUGCACAAUGCCCUCUGAAGCAGAUGGCAGCCGUCUGCUGCAGCCUCGGGAGCACAACUGCUGCAGACCCUUCCAGAGUGUGAUGGCGGCAGGCAUCCUGUCAACUGGCUCGAAAGACGCUGACUCCUUGUGGCGGCAAGCCUGGUCGUGUUGUUCUCGAGUGGCAGUGCACUGUGCACUGCCUCUUCCCGUGCGCCUGUGUAGCUUGAACCUUGGUCAACGUGGACAAGUGGAACACUGCUGUGCGUCCCGCAUGCCCUCUCCUCGGAGGAGUGAUGCGGCGUGUGAGAUUGCACUCAAAAUGACUUGCAUGAUUUUCGUGACUCAGGUUACAGGAGUGUCGUGACAGCAGCGUUUGCUGAUGCAGUGUGCUUUGCCCUCUGCACAGCAGUCUGUGCCGGGUGCUGGCAAGUCUGCUAAAGCGAUGAAAGGGUGUCGGCCUGCCCUUGCACACAUUGUCAGGGCAUAGUCUGCAACUCGCGGGAACUUCAAGUGGCACAACAAGCCUUAGUGCCACGCUCGUGCACAUCCUGAAAGUCGCUCGCAUUUUGUCAACCUGGUGCUGUCCUCGUCAAGCAUCGGCAUUGUCUCGAUCGGUUGUCACGCUUCUUUGGCAACUGCAGGAUAGUGUCACCCACUGUCAACCAUCACAGCUUUCGUGAACGUGUCGAGAGUGACUCAAUUUGCGUGCGGUUUAGCUGGCUUCUGCUGCUAGAAUGUGACCGGUUAUGGGCAGCAAUGCCUCCGCGAGCCACUGCUGUUUCGUUACCCAGAGCUGCAAAAGCUUGAAUGGGACAUUUAUCCAGAAGCCCUUGAAAUGGGUUCUGGCAUUGUGGUGAAUGCCUGGGACACGCCAUAUGGGUGUGGCUUUGCAUUGUGCCACCAGUUGAUGCCUUGAUUACGCCUCCCUGGGAUUUAGCGGUGAGUUAUCCGAGUGGAACACGAGUGGACGAGCUUGAUUCAGCGGUCACUUUGAUAGCGAAUGAAGCAAGGCUGUGACAAGUAACGAGCGCACCAUCCGUGCAUCAGUUGCUCACAAUAUGCAAAUGGUGCUGUACACAGUGUGUCCAUCAAUUGGCAAGCCACUCUUAUGAGCCUGCAAGCAUUGUACGUACAUGUGCUCGACUAGUUGGGCAUUGACUGCUGACCACACAAGUCGCACUGGUCCAGUGUAGUUCUGACGACACUGCUAUCUUUUUUGCCAUCCCUGGAAUGUAUUGACUUUGUCUGUGCCUGUCGCAGGAUGCAUGAAACAUACCGCACAUCUCGCUAGCCUAAGACGAAUUGUAGCACCAUUGUGCCGAGGUACGUGUGCUGGUCGAAGCUCGUGCUACAGCCUGGGAUUCUGCUCCUUCGGCGGACAGGUGCCGUGCGUCACAGCUUCCAUCGUUCUUUUCAGGCAAACGUUGGAAGCCCGUAGUCAGUUCUCGCUCAAAUGGGCCAAUCAGUUGCAACAUAUGUACUUACCUUGCUGCUAUCUCACUGUCUUGUAAUUCUGCAAAUAUUAAAGAGCUAGAAAUUUGCUUGAAUUUCCUAAUUAUAUCUCUCAAAAUAACCGCAAGAUACCAUGAAAUACCGUACAAGGAAUGUUGCCUGAAAGCCAACAUUACUUGCCGGGUUUGUCUAUGUGAAAGUGACAGCGUGCAUUGGGCAUAGCAGUAUGCAAAUGCAACACUCCUUUGGGACGCCAUGACAAUAGGUUGCUAUGGAUAUGUGUGUUUCAUGGGGUCUCUCUGCUUCUUCACUUUCCCUAUUUAAUUGCUUAGCGAAUCCUCCAGAGGGCCUGGCCCAAAAGUGUCGUGGCCUCUCAGCUUGUUGAAAUAUCCAAAUGGCUCUUUCUUUGUUGCACUUUAAGUGUGGGGUUGAUUGAUCGAGCUUUUGCAAACUAUGUUUCGUGAAAUGUUUGGUUUUGUGCACUCCUACUCGGAGCAGACAAGGUGGGCACCCUGUGGGUGAGGUCUUUCAGCAAAAUGUUUGCUGGUUGAAGAGACUUCUGGGCUAGCUGGUCCACUACGCAUUAUGCACAAGCACGUCUCAGCGAAGAAGAAAGCAGUGCCAGUUAUUGAACGAAGACACUUACACUCUGCCUCGCCAAUUCCACGCAGUAUAGCAAAGACUAGGGCUCACGUCGGCCAAUAAGCAAUAAGAUCUGGCUGUGUGUUCCAUAGAAUGGAGUGGGGCUCACCCGUCACGUGUCAUUGUUCCUUGUGUGAAGCAUCCAUUCAUUCAGUGUUGGGCCGAGAGCUAGUGGAGGCGGACAAUUGGGAAGCCCUUCUUCUGGUUCACUAUUCUGAUUGGUGAAUAUGACGUGCACCUUUCCCCGUACUGCGCGGAAUUGAUGAGAAACCAAAAUGCGCAGGAAAGGCAAAUGCACACAGUGCCAACUUUGCUCCCCUGUCUGCACUGUUUAGCCAAUCACACGUCAUGAAUCAAGCCCAGCUUAUGGACACUCUCUUGGUAACAGCUUCAGAGCACAAGGAAACACACUCACAUGCAUGCACUUGCAGGCACAAACACCCAAGGAAAGGACUGCCCCAUUUCUCGCACAGGCGCUGUCUGAAAAGGGGCAUGGGGUGAGGUCCCUUUUUGGGUGUUUGUGCAGUGAGUGUUUUCUUGCACACUGAAGCUGUUGCCAUCAUUUAUUGCCAACUAACCCAGCUAUAAGCUUUUCUAAAGACUGCGCGGACAACACUCCUUGCGAGUCGCAGAGAUUAAAAGUUGCUUGAUAAACAUGCACUCAACUCCAGCGCAUUUGAAUAGAUGCCAAGCGAGCAUGUUUAAGGAGCCAGCUAGUUGUAAAUGAGCCGAGUGUCGGUGAAGAGCAGUGGCUACUUAAGUCGAAAGGGGGCACUGCACACUUCAUGAGGCACAUUUGUGAAUCAAGCGCAAGAGCCUGAAUUGUCAAGCUGUGGAGGGAAGGAAGAAAAACGGAAAUGCAACCUUUGUGUCCUCCUUUGUUGGUCAGGCCAGCUUACUGCUUUGGGCUCUUGGUGUUUCAUGAAACUACACACAAGCGACGGACAGUUGCACGAGGGGCGGUCACUGCUGUCCCAGUCAGUGACCUCCCACGUGAGAAAAAUUGGAAGCUUUUGUUUUUCACUAUGACUCGGGCCUCUAUGAGCACUGUGUUGCAUUUUCUUUUUGUGUUGGUUUCUUUGCACACCUGCAACAGUCUGGUCUUUCUGAGUCGCUCGGCCAACGGCAUGUUUGAGGUGCUCAUCUUUCAACUGGCAUGGUGCAUCCACCCACCUUUACGGUGUGCCUGCGUGCGUGCAAGUGCAAGGUUAUUGAACCUGUUGUCCUCUUGCGAGUCUUUGCCACCUGUUCCACCAUGAUUUCUUGUUUUGUCAUUUCCUGUUGCGAUAGAUGUCGUGCAUCCUGUCGACACGGCCUUCUUCUCGCUACGCUUGUUAUGCGAUGGCCUUGACCCACGUGGCUAGGCUGGGCUUUCUUGGCCACUGCAGUGCGCAUGGCUAACAACGUUGUCCCACAGGUGGCAUGCACUGCGCUCUCCACCCUUUUCUGACUUGUUUGGUGCAUCUGUUGGGUCGGGUGAGUGCAUGCAUUUGCAGAGUCUGUCUGGUGUGGUACAAGUCUUAGCAUGUUUGCGUCUGAGUGUGCAUAGUUAAGUGCAGUGCAUUCCUCUGGACGGAGUCUCGUGUCGCAACUCUUUCCUCAGGUCCUGCGGCGACCUUCUCUUCCCCUCUUGGUAAACGCCGUCUCUGCAAUCUUUCCUAUAUACUAAGUGAACACAGUUGCUCAACACUUAUCAAGAAAUGUUCCUUGCUGCCUUGUGUGUAUGUAGCUGGUAACAAGUGCUGUCACAAACAAUUGAGGGUUACGUGUCUGUGUCAAGCAAAGAAUUUAGUCAGUAAUAAUUGAAUGUGAAGCCUGUGCAGUAUGUUGUAUGAAAGGUGUGCGAGUGUUGAAAUGUGUGCUAGACAUGUACACGCGAGCUUCCUUUUUGCGCAAGCCAUCUGGAGCUUGGGAAGCCGGCUUCCCUGUUCAUGCACUUUUGUUAUGUUUUCGUGCUUGAUUUCUUGUGGGGAUUCUCACAUUUUAGCUACAUCCCUUGCGUUGGAAUGCAGCGUGCCACUUAACCACCGUAGUGCUACUGCCAUUGUUGUCCAUGUGAUAGUUGACGUUGGGUUCUCAUCGUGUGGCAGCUCCGGGGCUCAAGCCAAUGGUUCCUAACGCUGUGUGAAUCGUAAUAGCCAGGGGCAUUGUGUUACUUGCUUAUUAUAGGUGUCACUUUGCUUCUCAGUGGAACCUGUAUUUCUAAAUUCUUCACUGCCAUUCAUUUUCAAAAGUAUACCCUUUCACUUCAGCAUGUGCAAGUACCCCUGAAACUGAGCAGCCAUUGCCAUGUGCGCGAACUUGUGCUAUUUACAUCAGGUGUAAUGUGUACAAACAUGUGCCAUUUACAUAAGUUGCUAUGUGAAUUCUGCUGUUUCAAAAAUAUGGCCGACAUCCAUCAGAAAAUACAAAUGCGACAUUCCACAAAAGUCCUUGCCACUUUUGGGGAAAAUAGUGCAUUGUACAUUUGCCCAGAAUGCACAAAGCUCUUUUUUUCCCCAGUGUCAUGUAUUGCAAAAAAAAAAAAAAAAGAAAGCUUAUGUGCUGAACAUUGAACACACUUUGCAUAGUUUAAGUUUAGGAAUUGUGAACACAUGAAAACGGCAGCAUAAUCAAAGCAGUUAAUCCUUUCUUGGCAAAGGUUGUGUGGUUCCCCAUGUGGAAUGCCAACGAACCUGUUAAGCUGCAACUGCGUAAAACGUGGUUGUGACGUAUUUUCAGAAUGGUGUUGCCCAUUGUUGAUGCGCAUGUUUUGCAUUAUGCGACAACCGCACAGUUAUCAUGAGCUCAAAUGAAGACUGGUAAGUGCCCUGCCCCAGCAGAUUAAGGACAGGAAUAAAGCAGAAGAAACGGUCUGGUCAUUCCACUUGCGACCUGACAUACAAGUAAUUGUUGCAUAUAACAUUUAUAGCAGCCACCUUUCUGAUGCACUUCACGUCAUACACAACAUCGCAUUGUGGCAUGCGUCUAAGAGUGUUCAUUUGUGGUCCUGUGUUCUGUGGACUCGCGUCUGCUUUUCAUGCACGACUUGAUGUCAUGCACGAAAGCUCCGUAUCGGGUAUUCAAAAACUUUCAAUGUAUUUUGAGCUGGAACUACUGUGUGGAAACUGCGUGAUGCAAAAUGGGUGCAUCAGCAGCACCAUGAGCCAAAGAUAUGUCAUGGAAAUGCGCUGUUCCAUCUAGUUGAUGCUUUGAAGGCUGCGUCAAGGUCACCCGGAGGUUAUGCACUGUUUGAGCAUUGUGAUGUGUUGCGAAUUCUGUGCAUUUUUGUUUAUUUUGCUUGUGCCUCGGUCAGAUGCAAGUGUCCCGUGGGAGGGCACCGUCAUUUCCCUAGCUUCUCUAGACAACAGAGCAUGUGUUGGGUUCCGAAUGUCCAGCUCGAAGCGUGACUGUUUGUACACAGCUUUUGUUCGUAGAGCAGCUUGCAGUUUGACAAGAGCAGCAGCACUUGCGAGUGAUUGGGACAUAGUGGAUUAAUUUAUGUUGUGUGUGUGCCAGUUGUUUGAAAGGAGUGAAUGUAGAGGUGAUGUGCACAGAAAAAUAAAUAAAAAAACAACAAGCUUAUACUUUCAGAUGGA